GCCCGAAUGUUUACUGCUGGCGCGUGAUCGCGCUAUCGCCGCCCAUCCACAAGGCACAACUCGCCGCCGCUUCGCUUCGCCCGGAAGAGCCUCGCUGCGCUAUUAACGUCGGCAACAACUAGGGGUACACCCCUGCUUCGCGAGCGUUCGCCUGGUCGGAUCGGUGAGAUCUCGACCGUCGCUGUGCUACACGCGCCUUGCGUUACGGCGCCAGAUGGAGCCGCCGACAAAGUCAACCGAAAUCUGCGCCUGUGGGCGAACCGAGCUGAAGCCGUCGCCGCGCUUACGACUGCCGCGCCAGGACCGCUCAGUACGUGAUCAAUGCGUCGUCAAGCGACGAAACACUGACAUUCAAAUUGCACACCGGUCCUACUCUGUGCCGCUGCCACGUCAUCAGACCUUCCAUUUUGAAUACCAUAUCAAAUGAAAGAGGGGCGUUUCGGACUUUCAUGGCAGAUCGUUGAUGAGCCCAUCACCCCAAGCGACGACGAUGGCAGGCUACGACCUCGUGGCCGACGCCAAGCAGGCGGCGCCUCGGCUCGGCGUUGCAUGGGCGCUCGUGGCACUCGCGGUCGCGGCGAACCUGCUCUUUGGCGGGUUUAUCUACGGCUGGGCCUCCAUCUUGCUUUUCCUCCAAGGUGAGCACCAGUAUGCGUCGCUCUGCGCAGUCGACAGCGUCAUCGACAGCGUCACGCACACAUGCGUUGCUCAAGACAACCGGCUCAAUGUCAUCUUUGGCGCUGCGCAGGUGACGUUCACGAUCAGCUCGCUCCCGAUCGGCAUGCUGCUCGACCGCUUUGGGCCGACGGUGCUGACGGCGUGCGGCGGCGUGGCCUCGACGCUCGGCGUCCUCCUCUUUGCCAUCAGCAACGCCUCCGAGUUUGAUGCGUUCCUACCCGCGUACAUACUCACGGCGCUCGGCGGCAUGGCGACGCUCCUCGUCGGCUUCCAAACCGGCUUUGUGCUGCCUAGCUGGCAGACCGUGAUUCUCGCAGGCAUCAACUGCACCUUUGACGCCAGCGCUGUCCUUCCGACUGUGCUCUACGCGAUCCACGACGCGUCCGGUGCGUCUCGUCGGACGCUUCUUAUCGUGUACGCCUGCCUCGCCGCGGUCACCUACAGCGUCUGGACGUUCCUGUGGUGGAAGCAUCGAUCCGAGCCAAUGGCUGCCGCCCAAGAGCUCCAGGAUGACGACGACGGCGAAGCGCCGGUCGAGGCGGCAAUUCUGGCCUCUGCGCCGCUCUCGUUUCAGCUGCGGUCGUUUGAGUUCCGGUACCUUCUGCUCUUUACGAUCAUUCACAGCUUCCACAACGCCUUCUACUUUGGCAGCAUCAACCGCACGCUGGCGAAGUACGACGACGCGACGCACGUGUACACCAAAGUGUUCGGCUGGGUCCUCCCCGUCGGGUUCAUUUACAUUCCGCUCAUCAACAGCGUCAUCGAGCGCCAAGGCCUCGGCACUUCCAUGCUUCUGACGAAUUUUCUCUGCAUGGUGGCGUACGGCAUCGCGUUCAUUCCGUCGCUGCCGCCGCAGGUCGUGGCGUUUGUCCUCUUUGUGGGCUUUCGUGGCUUCUUCUACGCCAACAACACGGCGUUUGCAGCCCAAGUCUUUGGCCAUAUGCACAUGGGCACGGUCAUCGGCAUCACGUACGCGGUCAGCGGCCUCUUGGCGCUGCUCGAGGUGCCUGCUGCGUCGCUCGCCAACGCCAGCGACGAGGGCUGGUACGCCAUGUACGGCACUGCGCUCGGUCUCUGCGUCCUUCUCUUGCCGUGCACAGAAGUCUACCGCCGCCACGCCAAAGGAACGUCGCAGUAGUAAGAAGGCUGAUUUACAAACUAGAUAAAUAUAUGUUGUCUGCAUCGAA